AUGAAUGUAAGUAUAAGUUCAAUUGAAAUAACUAACAAUAAAAUUAAUGAAGAUGUUAUUGUUCCUAUCAUACCUCAAGAAACAAUUUAUAUUUAUGAUGAAAUGUUUGGAAAAAAUGAUGAAGUUUAUUUUUAUACACUUUUUGUUUAUUGUGAUUUAUCAAAAGAUAAAUAUGAAUUUUAUAUCAAAGAAAAGGAUACUUCAAUAGCUAUACAAUCAAAUACAAUAUUUAUAAAUUCUAAUAUAUCUAAAGUUGAGUUUGCAUUGGAAAUACCAAGAGAAAGUAAAAAUUAUAUAAUUUAUGGUUUCAAUAAAAUAAAUAAUACAGUUUAUGAUGAAUAUAAUUCACCUUUUACAAAAUAUUUAUCAUUUAUUAAAAUUAAUACACCAACUUCUGAAAAUAUAUUACUUGAUGUUAUGUUUUGUCAAAAUGAGGAAUAUUUAAAUCAAUUACAUAUGUAUGAUAAUUCAUUUAAUGGAAAUUUUGAAGUUAAUAUUUAUGUAGAGUAUGGUGAUGGAGAAAUGAAAAUAAUUUAUAAUUCAGUGGAUGAAAGUUACAAAAUGUUAAAAAUAUAUGAAGAUAUUAAUGGUAACAUUCCAUAUAGUAUAUAUCCAAUUAAUAUGGCAAAUUUUUUGUGUGGUAAUAGCAAUAACUAUGCUUUAGCUAAUUUUAUUUUUUUUGAUAAAAAAAAUGAAAAAUUAGAUGAUAUUGUUAUUUAUUAUGAUGCUUAUCCUAUAUCUACAAAUUUAAUUGAUAAAAGUUUUUAUUUAAAAAUGAUGUAUAGAAAUUAUACAACAGAUAUGUAUAAAUCAAUUACAAAAUAUAAUAAAGAUGAGAAUGAUUUUUAUCUAGAAUAUGAUAAUAAUAAUGUUAGCAUAGAUUUAAAUUUACAAAUUUUUUUAAAUUAUUAUAAAAAUGCUAAUAUUUCUUUUAUAUCUAUAUUUCUUAUGAAUAUAGCUUUAAUAUUAAUUUAUUAUCAAACAAUUGUAUAUUUUUAUUAA